ACUGACUGCAGCUCUGUUUACCAGUCCUUCACCCACAGCAGAGCCAUCCUCUCGGUUUCAUGAGAUCUGUGUAGCUCCAUUGGUCCGAAAAGGUGCCCAGUAGAAAAUGGAAUCACCUCAAACAGGUCGUAAGUCCUACUAUUAUAAUCACAAGAAAAAGCAUGUGAACCCUUGGAUUUACCUGGGUUUCUGCAUUAAUUUGGUCAUAAAAUUUGAAUCUGAUUUUCAACUCAAAUAACCUCAGGUCACAACAAUAGAAAAAUACAGUCUGCUUAAAUAACACACAGACACACAAUGAUACUUUCUCAUGUCUUUAUUUAACAUACCAUCUGCACUGUCAAUAUUUGCACAGUGUGGUCAAUAAAGACAUGAAUGCUUUAUUGUUUGUGUGUUAGUUGUUUAAGCAUACUGUUUUUGUCUAUUGUUGUGACUUAAAAAAAAAGUUAAAAAAAUCCAAGUGUUCACAUACUUUCAACUGUAACUUUAAAUGUUUGUUUGCCCAUAGAUGUAAUUUCUUUCCUUGUGGAGAAAACAUCUAUAACUUGGUAAUGACCACAACUUAUGAUCAUUUCUCUCUCUCUCUCUCUUUCUCUCGAGGUGACCAAUGUGAUAAAAACAUUGAGGUCAUGAAGGUGGGAAUGUUUCUACGCAAAGUGAAGUCUCGCAUGUGGAAACGUCAGCGCCAGCGUCACUACAAACUUCAGGAGGACUGCAAGACUAUAGCAUAUAAGUCCAGCUGGGCAAUAAACUCAUAUUCUACUUUCUCCAUCAGUGAUGUAGAGGCUAUUCGUGAGGGGCAUCAGUCAGAGACUCUCCAAGGUGUGGCAAAUGAGUUUCCUGCUGACCGCUGCUUCACUCUGGUGUUCCGCGGUCGCCAAGGAAACCUGGACCUGGUGGCUGACUCAGCGGAGGAAGCUCAGGCUUGGAUUCAGGGCCUCAGAGCCCUCAUGGAGAACAUGGAAAACAUGGAUGAGAGCACCAAAAUUAACCAAUGGAUCUCAGACUGGUUUUUAAAAGCAGACAAAAACAAAGAUGGCAGAAUAAAUUUUAAGGAAGCAAAAACACUGCUGAAAAUGAUGAACGUGGACAUGAAUGACGAACAUGCAAGCUGUCUUUUCAAGAGGGCAGACAAAUCUCAGUCAGGAACCCUGGAGGAUGAGGAGUUUGUGGAGUUCUACAAGAUGCUCACCCAGAGAAUGGAGGUGCUGGAGUUGUUCCAGGAGUAUUCCAGUAAUGGGCAGAGCCUCUCUCAGUGUGAUCUGGAGGAGUUCCUGAGAGAGGAGCAGCUGGAGGGGGAGGGCAGUUGUGAACAUGCUCUGCAGCUCAUUGAACAUUAUGAACCUUCAGACACGGCCAGAAUGAAUCACUCCAUGUCAAUCGAUGGAUUCCUAAUGUACCUGACGUCUCCUGAAGGAUCCAUCUUCAGUCCAGAGCGACAGGGCGUCUUUCAGGACAUGAACCAACCUCUUGCCCACUAUUACAUCUCUUCCUCCCACAACACUUACCUGAUGGAAGAUCAGCUGAAAGGGCCAAGUAGUGUUGAGGCCUACAUCCAGGCAUUGAAACGAGGCUGCAGGUGUGUAGAGGUGGAUUGCUGGAAUGGAGCCAAUGGAGAGCCGGUAGUUUACCAUGGACACACUUUAACGUCAAAAAUACUCCUCAAAGACGUAAUUUCUACUGUUGCACAGUAUGCCUUUAAGGUGUCUGAAUAUCCGCUCAUCGUGUCCAUUGAAAACCACUGUAAUGUAGAGCAACAGGAAGUCAUGGCUCGGUAUUUCAGAGAAAUGCUGGGCGAUAUGCUGCUGACUAGCACAGCGGAUGGCAGAACCUCCAGUGAACUGCCAUCCCCAGAGGCGCUGAAGAGGAAAAUCCUGCUGAAAGGGAAGACAAUUGGAAAUGAGUCAGAGAGCCUCACAGGUGAAGUCAGUGAUGAGGACGAGGCAGCAGAAAUGAACAAGGACAGUCCUUCUUCAGAGAGCGCACCAACAGAUAGCAAGAUAUUGAAGCAGAAACUAUGCAAGGAGCUCUCAGACCUUGUGUUCUGUAAGAGCGUACAUUUCCACAGCUUUGAGCAUUCUCGAACUUCUUCUAAGCCUUAUGAGAUGUCAUCUCUUUCUGAGACUAAAACACGGAAAUAUUCAAAGGAAGCAGGCCCAGAUUUUGUGCUGCAUAACACCAGACAGUUGACCAGAAUAUAUCCAAGUGGAAUGAGGACAGACUCAUCAAAUUACUGUCCACAGGAUAUGUGGAACAUCGGAUGCCAGAUUGUGGCACUGAACUUUCAGACAGCAGGGAUGGAAAUGGAUCUUAAUGAUGGGCUAUUUAGUCAGAAUGGCCAUUGUGGCUACGUCCUAAAACCUGAGAUCCUACUCAACAGAGAGAGAGUCUUUGAUCCUGAUAAACCCCAAGAAUCGGAGAACUAUCAUCCUCUACUCUUCUCUGUUAAGGUUAUUAGUGGCCAACAGCUCCCUAAAUUAAAUAAAAAAGGAUGGUCCAUUGUAGACCCCUUAGUAAGGGUGGAAAUUUAUGGUGUUCCCCUGGAUCAAGCCAAACAGGAGACUGGAUACAUUGAGAACAAUGGAUUCAACCCAUGUUGGAAUGAAACCUUACAGUUUAAAAUCCACACCCCUGAGCUGGCACUGGUGCGUUUUGUUGUUGAAGACUAUGAUUUAGCAUCUAGAAAUGACUUUAUAGGACAGUACACUCUUCCUUUUACCUGUAUUCAACCAGGUUAUCGUCAUGUGCAUCUGUUGUCCAAAGAUGGAACAAGUAUUUGUCCAGCCUCCCUCUAUGUUCAGAUCAAAAUCACAGAGCUGUGAUUUCACAAUUCCAGGAGUUUCCCUUACAGACCUGUAGAAUGUGAAAACAGACCUGAAAAGAACACAUUUCUCAAAAAACUGUUGUUCGACAGAAGAAACAUUUCCUCUUGUGCUUGGCUUAUAAAAGUGACUUGAAAAAAGAUCUGUAAAUAAUUGAAACAUACAAAAACAUUAUUUAAACUCUGCUCCUUUAAAGGAGAAUUAAAGAAAUUAGUUGAAAUUCUGAAACAUAUGUAUAUCAAGACCACUCCCAUGAGAUGAAGACUCCAGUCCCAUCAGUAACUUGUAAGCAGUGGUUUAAAAUAAUUGAGAAUGGUAGAAGUGUCUUUUAAUAAAUGACCCAAGAGCAAAUGUUCAAAUGAAAUUAUUGUUAUAUAUAUGUACUCUCAUUACGUAUGAACACGACCAAGUAAAUAUCAAAGUAUAUCAUGAAUUAAUAAUUUUUCCUUGUAUAUCAUAU